GCUUUUUCUCCAGCUCUCAGCGUCACAGCUGUGGAUACAAAAGGUUGACACACGCACGCGGACACACGCAGAGCGCGCGAGAGCAAGAACAGUGAGUAGAAUGUUGAGAAGCGCAUCUUUGUUGGUUUUGCUUGCUGUGGCUGUCUGUCAAGCCGAGCUGAAAAGUAAGAGCAAAGUGUGUGCGAAUGUGUUUUGCGGAGCAGGACGAGAAUGCGCUGUGACUGAGAAAGGGGAACCCUCCUGCCUGUGUAUUGAGCAAUGUAAGCCUCACAAGCGUUCAGUAUGUGGGAGUAACGGCAAGACGUACCGCAACCACUGCGAGCUUCACCGUGACGCCUGUCUGACCGGACUCAAGAUACAUGUGGCGUAUGAUGGACACUGUGAAGAGAAGAAGACAAACAAGGUUGUUGCCAGCCCAAUUGUGUGUUACCUCGCCGACCGUAAUGAGCUGAGGAGCCGCGUGAUCGAGUGGCUGCAAACCGAGGUGGUUCCAGACGGCUGGUUGAGCAAAGGCUCCAACUUCAGCGACGUCCUGCUCGAAUACUUCCAGAACUAUGAUAAUGGAGAUGCUCAACUGGAUUCGACCGAGUUCCUCAAGUUCGUUCAGCACAACGAGACGGCCAUCAACGUCACCUCGUACACGGAUGAGGAGAACAACAGGUUGCUCAGGAGUUUGUGUGUGGAUGCCCUGAUCGAGCUCUCGGAUGAGAAUGCGGACUGGAAACUGAGUUUUGAAGAGUUUCUCAACUGCCUCAAGCCUGACUUCAAUCCUCCUGAGAAAAAGUGUGCACUGGAAGAUGAGACCUAUGAGGACGGAGCUGAGACGCAGAUGGAGUGUAACCGCUGUGUCUGCGCCUGUGGGAACUGGGUCUGCACUGCUGUGACCUGCGACGGUUCAGAGAAGUUUCCUGCUUUGGAGGAAAUCGAAGGAGAAGAUAAAGAGUUGACAGAGGAAGAGUGGAGCCGCAGAGUCGCCGAGCUCAACAAACAUCAGGAAACUGUACAGAAGAUGAAAGUGAGCACCAAGGAUGUUUAAGAGAGGAGUGACGAUGCAGAAGAGAGAAUAGGAGGAGAAUGAGAGUGGGUGUGCAGACACUUUUUCAUUUGUUAGCCCACCAAAAAUGUGCUUUUACUUUAAGAGUUUUUUAUUAUUAUCAUGUUAAUUAUUAUAAAUUUCAAUAUGUAUUGUAUUAAUGUUACUCUUUUAACUGGAGAUCUCACAGAGACCUACUUGUUUAUUAUGACUAUUUUUUAGAAAAUAUAUUCUAUGCCACCACUUUUGAAAUGGCUGCUAAUUUCUUAUCAAGUUUGUGGUUGUGCUGACAGUACUGAUGUAUGAGCUAUACACAGAUCAGCCAUAACAAUAAAAACAUCUGCCGAAGACUGUGUAGGUCCCUUUUGUAUCAUCAAAACAACUCUGAGCAGCAGCAAGCGUUAUUCUGCUGAAAGAAGCCACGGCUAUCAGGAUUAAUGAGCCUUGGGUGCUCAUGACUCUGUCACCAGUUCACAGACUGUCCUAGCUUAGACUACUUUUGGUUGGUUCUAACCACUGCAUACCAGGAACACUUCAGAAGACCUGCCAUUUCAGAGAUGCUCUAACCCAGCUUUUUAACCAUCACAAUGUGAGCCUUGUUAAAAUCACAUUAUGCAUGCUCAUUUUCCUGCUUUUUGCACAUCAACUUUGAGAACUGAGUGUUCACUUGCUGGCUAAUACUGUGCUGUAUAUCCCAUUCCAUGACAAGUGGGAAUAAAAUGAGACAAUCAAUGUUA